CCGACUGUCGGAGAUUACGUAAACUACCAGCUCGUGACUGUCUUUUGGCUGAUUAUCGCCAUUUUAUUGUCCUAUAGAGAGAGAAUUAAUGCGAAGACAGCAUAGAUAGUGUGCGUGCGUGUGUAUCGUGGAAUGUAUAAGGUGUUGUUGAUGUUAUAGUAUAGAAUUUCAACCAAAAACAGUUUAGAAAAUGAAAAAUUUAGUGUCGUGUGUUAUCUUGAAUUUCCUAUUUUUUAUCAACACGGUAUAUUCAGAAAUUCAAAUUACACCGGUCGAUACAUCAGUAGUCUUUCUGCAAAAAAAAACUUUCAACCUAGCCUGUAAUGUUUCAUAUUCAGAUAAUCAGACUCCUACAAUUAAAUGGAAGAAAGAUGGCAAAGAGGUAACGACGAACGACAGGAUAACAUCGAAAUGGGAUGCGUCUAAGCAUGUGCAUACGCUAACUGUGAAUGAGGCCACUGACAAUGACAUUGCCAACUAUACUUGUAUCGUCUUAGAUAAAAACGGUGUCGAAACAGCCAGUGGUAAAAUUCGAGCUGCAAGAAGCAUUGCAGUGAAAGUUCCUUCAGAUAUCAACGUAGUUGAAGAAGAACGGUUAAGAAUAGAAUGUAAAAUUGCUGGAAAUCCAUCUCUCUCCUGGGUAUUUGACAAUGAAACAUAUGCAGAAUCUAGGGAUCGUGUCAUAAUUGAAGAUUACAAGGAAGAUGAUGGCAAGCUGGUCAAAAAUGGAGUUUUCAUUCUUUUAAAUGUAACAAAAGAAGAUAGAGGGCUUGUUUCGUGCAUAGGAGAGGAUCGUGCAUUAAAUGAAACUUCCAAGUCUGAUUGUUUGGUUAGAGUAAAAGAUAAAUAUGCUGCUUUGUGGCCUUUCCUUGGUAUAUGUGCUGAAGUCAUCAUUCUUUGUGCCAUUAUCGUAAUUUAUGAGAAGAAACGUAACAAGACAGAACUUGAAGAGAGUGACACAGACCAAAGUCCAGAUCAGAAGAAUACACCAGACCAUGGUAAAGAUUCCAAUCUAAGGCACAGGCAGUGAAGAACAAAAUUUGUUGAGAAUUCAGACAGUACAUUAACAGAUUAUUGAAACUAUCCAGAGGUUAUACAGUUACAUUCGACUUGUGUAGUUUGAACUCGGCUACGAUUGUCCGAGAAUGUUGGAAGUACUGUACAAAAAAAAAUUAAAUUUAGGUUUAAAUUGUUAUGAAGCCUUCCCACUAGUUUGCCUUAAAUAACAGCCUUUUUUAUUGUAAAUUGAAUACAUAUUGUUUUAUAUUUUUGAAAGAGUUUUCCGUUACUUAUGGGUUAUUAGUACUUAAACAUGUAGAUAUUGUAAAAUCAUUGUUAUGCAAUCAAACUGGCUGAUAUUCAAUGUAAACUGAUGUCAUAUACCAUUUGUAAAUAAAUAACAUUUAAGGAAAAGAAAAGAAUAUUGUAUACACUCCUGUUCAUAUUAUUCUAUUGUUAUAAUAUUGGGUUUUUACUCAUGGACUGUUUUUAUUUUUCAUCUUUGGUUUUCUUAUUAAUAUAAAGUGCUUUGAUAUUCUAGAUACUUUUUCUUAUGUGAACCAAUUCAAUUACGUUUCAUUUUUGAAGUUAAAGAUUGCACUCCUUUAUAUCCUUUUUAAUCAGUACAUAGAUUUUAUCUAGUAGAGCAGCUUGAAUUUCACGCUCAGUGCUAUGUUAGAGAAAAAUUGAAUAAGAGUACUGUCUAAAACUCUUUUAUUUUCAUUCAUGAAAUUGUAUUCUAUUCAAUCAGCGUCAUCCACAAAACUACCAAUAUUUUCUAAAGCCACGUUUUCUGGCAAAAUAAAAGUUGGAAAGUUAAUGUUUUCGUCAGGUACUGCAUAUAUUUUGAGUGCCAAAUUACGAAUUGUCAGUACUCAAAGAAAUAUUUUGAAAAAUUGUUACCUCCUUACCAUUACCAUGAGACAAUGUGGAGAUAUUUGACACAGUGAUUCCACUCGUGUGUAUGAAUUAUGUUAUAAAAUCAUUUAUUGAUUACAAAAAUAAUCAUAUUUUUACACUGCCAGCUAAAUACGAUAACAUUUUUCAAAAUGAAGUUAUGCAUCCGCAAAAUUUUUGUAGGAUGUUUAACCGAUUAGGUUUAGCACCUCCAUGUAAGGCGGUUGUUCCAAAAUGGUUUUAUAUGUUACUUCAUAGACAACAUGAGAACAUACGAAAGGAUAGCCAAAGGACAUCUGAAAUGAACCAAACCGUACAGUUACUAGACAUUGUACAUUUUUUGACAUCUUAUGGAUAUCUGUAAGAUGUUCACCAAACUAUGAUUGAUCCAAGUCUACCGAAUAACUUUUGGACAUCCAUUUCAUGUCUAAAAAUAUAUACCUCAAUUGGGAAUCCAAUGUUGUUUUGCCAAUGAAUUGUGAAAGUGAAUUAUUGGAAGAGUUUCUGUGAAACAUUCAGUAUUGUGGUUGAGCCAUUUCUUGAUGUGAACAUACAUUUCCUCUCCACUCCUUAUAUAGUAAAAAAUGUUACACAUAUAGGUAUAUUAGAAAUGUAACUUAUAAAGAUAAUUUUCAGAUGACUCAAAAAUAAUAUAUACUUUAUUUUUUACUUGAAAAGAUUCGAAUAAAGUUAUUUUUAAGUCAUCAUUAUGAAAUUAAAUAAAUAUUAAAGAUAUAAUUAAACAAUUUCCAUUUAACUUUGAGAUGGAAGUCGAAAUGACCAAUAAAAACAGUUUUUUAUUUAUUAUUGAUGUUUUUAAUUUCAUGCCUUACCGUCAAUUACUUUCGAUUUCCACCUUCAAUAUAAAUUUCUUCUAACUAGUAUUGCAAUUUAGAGAUAAAAAUAUUGGUGCUUGCACAAAAAUUAUCGUUGGGCAGUUAAAUGAAGUGGAUUAUCUUAACUUUUUCGAAAAUCUGUUUUAUUCAAACUAUAAUCAUCCUCCUCAACCAGCAUACAAUAAGCUUUUUUUUAGAAGAGAUUUUGAACGAAACAUUUUGUCAAGUUACGAGAUCUCAAACAAAUUUACAAACAUGUUUUCAAUAAACCUUCAACAAGUU